CAACUUUCUUUCUUCUAACUUGUGCCUCCCCAAACACAAAUAUCAAGUCUUCUUCACAUUUCCAACUAUACUACACGAUAUAUACAUAUAUACACUAUAUAUACAUUUCCAACUAUAUAUACACUAUAUAUUCUAAGACAGUUCCUGCUCCUGCUUCCUUUUUCUCAUUAUAUGUGACAAAGGCAGACGGACAGUUAUGGGCUGCUUUCAGUCCAAAACCACCGAUCUCCCAUCCCCUGAUCAACAUCCUCCUCCUCUUUCAAACCAACUCAGAUCUAGAUGAGAACGGGGCGCAGCCGGCAGUGCCCGCAUUCAAGGAGUUCGGACUGACGGAGCUGCGGGCUGCUACCAACGGAUUCAGCAGCGAGCUCAUAGUGUCAGAGAGUGGAGAGAAAGCUCCCAAUGCUGUUUACAGAGGGAAGCUGAAGAACAACCGAGUGGUGGCCAUUAAGCGAUUCUCAAAGCAGUCAUGGCCCGACCCUCACCAGUUUGUUAACGAAGCUACUGUGGUUGGGAAAGUACGUCACAAGAGAUUGGUGAAUUUAAUCGGCUGUUGCGCCGAGGGGGACGAGCGCUUGUUGGUCGCUGAGUAUAUGCCCAAUGAUACCCUCUCUAAGCAUCUCUUCCACUGGGAAAAACAGCCUUUGCCAUGGGAAGUGCGCCUUAGAGUUGCGUACCAUAUUGCACAAGCCCUUGAUCACUGCAGCGCUGAAAACCUUAAAAUUUAUCAUGAUUUAAAUGCUUACAGAGUUCUUUUUGAUGAGGAUGGUGAUCCUCGAUUAUCUAGUUUUGGACUAAUGAAAAAUAGCCGAGAUGGAAAAAGCUACAGUACUAAUUUGGCUUAUACUCCUCCUGAAUUUUUGAGGACAGGCAGGGUCAUCCCUGAAAGUGUGAUUUACAGUUAUGGAACUGUUCUCCUGGAUCUUUUAAGUGGAAAGCAUAUCCCUCCCAGCCAUGCAUUGGAUUUGAUAAGAGGAAAAAAUUUAUUGUUGUUAAUGGAUUCUUCCCUCGAAGGACAAUAUGCUAAUGAAGAUGCCGGCGAAUUGGUUGAAUUGGCUUCAACAUGUCUUCAGUAUGAGUUUAGAGAUCGACCUGAUAUUAAAUUCCUCCUUUCAGCUGUAGCACCUCUUCAAAAGCAGAAAGAGGUUGCAUCACAUAUCCUAAUGGGUCUAUCAAAAACCCCAGUGGUGCAGCCAACUAUGCUUUCCCCGCUUGGAAAGGCAUGUGCUAGGAUGGAUCUUACUGCAGUGCAUGAUAUCUUGCUUAAAACUGGUUAUAAAGAUGAAGAAGGUGCAGAAAAUGAGCUGUCAUUCCAAGAGUGGACACAACAGGUUCAAGAUAUGCUGAAUACAAAGAAAUUUGGGGAUAUUGCAUUUAGAGACAAGGAUUUUAAAAAUGCUAUUGAUUAUUACUCAAAGUUGGUAUCGAUGAUGUCUGUUCCUUCUGGUACCGUAUUUGUGAGAAGAGCCCUCUCAUACUUGAUGAUUGGUCAACCAGAACUUGCCUUGAGAGAUGCCAUGCAGGCUCAGGUGUGCCUGCCCGAAUGGCCCACUGCCUUAUAUGUGCAAGCUCUUGCCCUGUCCAAGCUUGGAAUGGAAACUGAUGCGCAGGACAUGCUUAAUGAUGGAGCCUCAUUUGAAGCAAAAAAGCAGAAUGGCUGGCGUGUCCAAGCAAGCAAUCUUAAGCAUUGAGGCAGUAUCUUUUAUUUCUUGAUUCAUUUGCCUGUGUUUGUCGUGUGAUGCUGAGAGCUUGGAAGAAGAUGGUGGGUGUGAGGAUCAUUUUGAGUGGAGAGUCGUUUAAUUAUGUUGGAGAAUAGUUUGACAUAAAGAAAUGUGUAAAUGAUAAUAAAAAUGAAGAAAUAAUUAGACAAGUGGCCAGCGACUUUGAUUUUGGUGGUACUGAUUUUCUGCUACAAGUUUGGCUUGGUGGUGGUAUGGUUAUUUAUUUUGUUAUGGAAUUAAAUAAAGCAAAAAAGAUUUAAGCAAUAAUUGGCAAUAAGGCGGACUGAAAAGAAAA